GAUCGUAUAAGAGAAGCUGACUCCAGCCUCCACGUAGUCAGAAAGCCACGCUGAGACCAAGGGAGGGAAACGUACACUGACAAAUCUCAACUCGCCCAGAGGGAUCCCCAUAAACACCGACAAGCUCUCACCAACACAGCAGACGGUGGGACCAUGAAGACUGUGGUGGCUCUGCUGCUGCUCUGUCUGUGUGAUCCUGGACAGAGUGACUGCCAGACAGACUGUCUGUCCUGCAGCAACAUCCUGCCCAAACAGCUCAAUUUCAACACCAUGGUGUGUCUGAUUGAGUGUGAAGGCAACAUCUCCCCAGCCCUGUCCUGGGACUUCUGUCAAAGGGCUCUGUCAUCAUCAGUGUCCUCCCUCACUGGUCCUAUGCGGAAAAGAUCUCAAGAGGAGGUGGAGGUCCUGUUUCCAGAGGAGGAAGAACAAGUGGAGGGAGGUCUAUUGCUGCCCAUUGCAUUACAAAGAUAUGAUCACGUGACCCAGGCAUUUGGGGUGGACAAGAGGGAUUUGGGUAGCCAGGCCAGCCAGCUGAACACUGCCUACAAUGCCCAGAAUGCCCUGUCCCUUGAGGAUGAAUAUGAGGAGGAAGAAGGGCAGGAGGAAAAGGGUGCUGACAUCUCAGCGAGGGGACAGGAAGAUGUAGGGCUGAGCUUCUCCAAGAGGUUUGGUGGUUUCGUCAAAGGGAGGCACGGCUACAAGAAGCUGAUGUCUCCAGGAAGAUCGUACCAGAAGAGAUACGGUGGCUUCAUUGGCAUCCGUAAGUCAGCCCGCAAGUGGAACAACCAAAAACGUUUCAGUGAGUUUCUGAAGCAGUAUCUGGGUAUGAGCUCCCGGGCCACCGAAUUCAACAGCGUGUCAGAGGACCUAACCCAACAGAAUGAGAUUUAGCAGAGUUCGCCUUUAAGCAAAUGUCAUAGAGUGUCAAAAAAGAGGUUACUGGUGUAUUUUCACAUGUAUUACAAUCACUAAUGCGACCCACUUUAACCAGUGACACCAGUGACAGAUCUGUUGAUAUCAAUUCAUUUACCAAAAAGUGAAGUAAACUUCUGAAAAACUGUAAUCCCUGAUGCUUUCCAGGCUUCUUGUUCCACAAACAUGUACACAUGGAUAAACUGGUUAAACCAUCAUGUUUUAUUUAAUUAGAUGCUCAAGCACUUCAUGAAAUUUGCUGAAUGUUGCCAAAGGGGAAUCCUUAAGAGUUCUUGAUUGUUUUGCAGCAAAACAAAGGUAAAUCAACAAUAAAAACAACAAAAACAAAGCAGGAUCAUUGUUGCAUUUGUGAUUACCUUUGCAUAUUCAUUUCUGUGCUGUGCCAUGUAUAUAAAAGUGCUAAACCUGAUGGCUCCUGGCUUUGGCCUUGAAAACUAUCUAAAGCAUCUGAUAACAUACACAGCUCAGUCUUUGUGAAAGGACGGUACCAUUUCAUGGUUAUAGGUAAAGUCAGCACGAGUGCUGUGAUACAAAACACACCCAUUUAUAACUGUGCCAAAAAAAAACCCUGACAAAUGGUAACAGGCAGCUUUAAUUAAAAUAUGUCCUCUUCAAUUUGGUGCAAUAGUAAACUUAAAUACUGUACAGCAAUCAACAGCCAUGCAUAUACAGUAAACUAUUGAUGUCAUGUACAAGAUACAGUAGCAGCAUCUUCUCUCAGAUUCCUACAUGUACAAACAGUAUUUGAUAUUUUUUUUGUCUUUCAACUGUAACGUGUGAACUGUUUUAUGUCCAUUAUGAGAACUUGUAAAUAGCUCAAUUCAAACAUGUCAAUAAAAAUAGUUUGCUAUUUCCUUUGUGGCUUGUCAUGCA